UGCCCCCCGCUGUCACCGCAGUGCCCCCAUCCCUUACCCCCGUGUCCCCCCCAGGCCCGGGGGGGGCUGCUGUCGCUGGUGCCCCCCGUGGUGGUGUCGGGGGGCGCGGGGGCCGCCCUGUACCUGCUGCCGGUGCGGGGCCAGCGCGUGGCCACCCAGCACUUCCCCGUGGGCGAGGCCGAGGCCGUGGUGCUGGCCCUGAUCGGCAUCUACGUGGCUGGGAUGGCCCUGCCCCACUCCACGCACCGAGCCCUGUCCGGGGGGGGCCAGCGGGGCUGGAUGUCCCUCAAGCUGGUGGCCCUGCUGGCCCUGGCCCUGCUGCUCACCUGCCUGGCCCUGCUCAACUUCUCCCUGGGCUUCCUGCUGGGGGUCACCCUCGUGCCCCCCGCGGCCGCCGUCACGCCCUCGAGGCACAGGCUGCCCCAGGCCGUGCUGCUGGUGCUGACGUCCCCGGGGGUGUCCCUGUUCCUGGCGGUGCUGCUGGAGCGGGAGCUGCUGGAGGCGCCGGCGGGGCUGGGGGAGGCCUGGCAACGCUUCCUGGGGGUCCUGGGCCAGGGGCUGCUGCAGGACCACCUGCACGGGGCCUUCCUGAGCCCCCUGCUCGCCCUGGGGGCCUACCCCUGCUGGCUGCUGCUCUGGAACGUGCUCUUCUGGAAGUGAGGGGCGCGGGAUGGACACGCGGACAUGGCAGGGACACAAGGACA